CCGGACGUUUUUCCCUUCAGCAGCUCGGUCAGAAAGUUUCUCCAGAGUUUCGAGUAUUUCGAUUACGUACGAAGAUGGAGACCGGAGUUAUAUUUUACGAGAUGGACCCUCCCUAUAUAUACGAGGAUAUUGUACAGCAUAGGUUUUAUGUAGUAGCUGCAGAGAUUAGGACUCGUAUGUACAUUCUGCGUGAUCAUCCUUUCAGCCACCCGAUUGACACUCUAGAGUUUAACCCCGACAUGCCCUAUGAGUUCCCACUGCAGUGGCUCCACCCAGAUGCUCCAUUUUACCCGUUUCAUGAUGGGCCGGUGCCUCACCAGCAUCCCGAUCAGCCUGCAGAUCAAGCGGACCCUGAGCCUAAGCCCAUGGAGGAGCAUUUUCCAGAGCCUGUACCGGAGGAGGACAUCCCAGUGGAGCAGAUCUCAGUAUUUUCAUCCGAGCCAUCUUCUGAGGAGCUGCUCACCGCCUCUAUGAGUGGACCGGUGAGUGCUGGUCAGACCAGUAGCACGAGUGCCAGUGCCCCUCCCGAGAUUAUAGAGAUUUCCGAUGAUGAGGACGAGGAUCCUGAGGAGUGUUCUGAUGUGGUUGUGAUCUCCUCUGACGAUGACAGCUGAGUCUUGGGAGCUGCGGUUGUGCCUUUUGAUAGUUUUUUUGUGUUAGCCUAGCUUUUGUGUUAAUCUCUCACUUUUGGUCAGACUCACUGAGAGAGUAGGGUGUACAUAGUUGACUAGGUUAGUUCGGGUGCCAGCUUAG